AUGAAAGGUUUCGUCGAGGAAGUCCAGGAGAAGAUGAUCAUCCUUGGUGUGUUAGUGGGCUCUCAGAUGACUUUUGACCUUCAUGUAACCGAGAUCAUCAAGAAGUGCAGACGGAGGCUGGGUUACAUGAAGCGAAUAUCGGGGAGCACGUGGGGCCCUGACAUGUAUGCAGUCCGUCAAAACUACCUGACGUUGAUUCGUCCUGUCAUUACCUACGCUUGUGGAGCUUGGUCCAUCAAGCAGCGCAAGUGCGUCAGCACACGUCUGAACUUUGGCCUCAGCACCAAGGUGAUUGACCGGAAUGAUAGCACCAUUAGAUUCAAGCGUGGCAUUGUGUGCAUCCUCCGCCAAAUUAGCUCGAAGAAUACAUCCGAGAUAUCUAUAGCUACCAAUGAGGUUCUUCCGGGGUUGACAGAUUCGGCUUCACCUGAAGAGCUUUUCGAUAUGUCGUUCGAUUAUUGGGAUAUCCCGUCGCCCGCUCGGCUCAGGGAAACUGCGGAACGUCUGCAACGGCAUCGCUUCUUGGAUAGCUUAGGCAGCUGGCUUCCGAUCCAAAGAGAUGAUCCGAGAUGGUUUGAUGCAACAUACAAGGGACCAAAGUAUACAUAUCGUCGAAAAUACUGGUUCUCGGCAACAGCUGUCGCUGUAAAAUUUCUCAACCGUUUAUCAUUAACCCAACGCGGAUAUCUGCACAAGCUGGUACUAAACGAAGACAGGAUUUCAGUUGGUUUCCCUGAGUCCCAUGCUAUUGGAUUGAUUCCCUUUUUUAAACAAAACCCAAAGCUGCAUGUUGAACAGUGGGUCGACGUCUGGCAAAACCUCGUCAUGGACUCCGAACAGCCAAGUGCCUACGGACCGAACGGCAUGAUCUUUGAACGGAGCGAGCCACACCCCGGAGAGUUCCACUGCCUGGACUCAAUCUCUGGACUAGACUAG